CUUUCAUUUUCUUCCUUCCACUGCUGCGUUACGCGCAUGAACCCGAGUUCCUGUUCACCGUCCAGCUCACAGUUUGUUAUACGAUUAUUUAAUAUCGGGAUAAAUAGACGUGGUUGUUCGCGCGAUCGAUGUGACGGAGGGAGGCUGUAAAUACUCAAACGACAGCGGUGCAAUGAUCUGCCGUCAGGUGUCGAAGUCAAAAGCGAAAGUGCGGCGGGGCUUUUGCGUUCACUGCAGUUGUUUCACUUUGUUUCGGUGUUGUACUCUGCUGACUUAAAACUAUUCCUUACGGAAUAAAAACGCGGAAACAAGAUCCCACGAAAAAAGAUCCCAUGAAGAUGAUCGUGGUUAUUUUGUUUGGAUUCUUCCUGACGUGCGUUUGUGCUGACGGGGUUGCAGAUGUGGUACUUUCCUGCACCCUGGUGGAGGAGGGAAUGGGAGGGGGGACAUCCCUCACGCGAACCCCAGCCACUCUCAUCUUAAGAGACGUCCCGGUGCCUUCUGACGAAUCACUUGAAACACUCACUCCGUUUGUGCCGACAUCAAUCCCAGACCCAGACGCCAUCCUUUUGGAAGUUAAAGUGUCAUCACCCGAGAUCCCCAACGCACAUCUGUUGCUCCACGCGGACUGCAAUGAGCAGGAGGUGAUGUGCGAAAUGAGCCGAUACUCUCCUCACGGAUCCCAGGAAAGUCCAGCAUCAACUUAUUUCAUGGUGUCCCUUGAUGUGGAGGGAGUGGAGUUCGGCACUUCCUUGAUUCUGCAGACUUUGGUGGUAGAGAAGGAUCAGUCGACCCUCAUUCAAAACAAACUGGGUCUGCCUCUCAGCCGGUCAGGAACUAUUCUGUCUGAGGUGAUCUUCUUGGUGUAUUCCCACAUGAAGUCUGUGUCUGCCCCUCUGAGAGGCAACGUUAUCCUCGACUGUGGCUUCAAGCAGCAAGAGAUACCAUUAGCGCAGGAGGUGGCCGUUGAAUGGCGACUGCAGCACAGGGGGAAAGGGUGGAAAGUGCUCGAAAUGAAGACCCGGCUGGAUGAGGCAGAAGGAAGCGCAGUGGUGCAUGCAGAGAGGGUUGGAUCAAGCAUGGAUGCUUCCCAGAUUGCUGGAGAGGGUAACGUCUCUGUGAUUCUGACCAAGCUGAAGGUUCUGGACGAGGGGACCUACAUCUGUACCGUCAGCAUUGGCCUUUUUCACGCGCAGCAGGUCAUUCAACUCCAGGUUAUUCAACCACCUCACGUGUCCCUUUCAGAGGAGAAAUUGGUUUUGAACACAAAGUCCUCUCAGAUGCUGAGCUGCUAUUGCGCUAACUAUUAUCCACUGGAUGCUCAGAUGGAGUGGUUGUCCCUCUCUCCUGCAGACACGGAGCCCACGGUGCUUCCGGAUCAGGGCUCUCUGUCCAGCCACCGACAGCAUGGCGAUGGGACUUAUUCCCUCUCAUCUCAUCUCUCUGUGGCCUCCACGGUCUCCCCUGGGACUAUUAUUACCUGCAGGGUGUCUCACCCGGCCCUGCAGGCUCCUCUCUCUGUCAGCCUGGUGGUAGAAAGUCCUGAACCAGGUUCCUAUUGGUGGAUUCUGGGUUUCCUGGUCGUCACUUUGCUUUUCUUCUACCAGGUCAUGAGCUAAAUUAUGUGGCUAUAUUCCAGGAGAUACUCCUAAUUUAAACCUCAGCCCAGAGUGACUUUUUUUUCCAUGUGUCAUUUGCGAAUCUGUGAGUUAUUCCUGAUUUCAUUGGAAGAUUUCAUUUCUCCAUAGUAUCCUUUGUUUGGCUGGUUUCGGGCUGCAUUAUAAUUACUCAGUAAGAUUUUGUGACUCUGGAUCAUUGUUAAAAGUAUUUGACAUUUGUAAUAUCAAUGCAUUUCUUGUAUUGAAUCUGGAAACCGGUGUCUCUUGUAGAUAAGUUAAAGUAAGUUGGCUCAAAAGAGAAUAUACCAAAAGUUUUUUAUUUUUAUUUAUUUAUUGGCAUCAGCAAAAGUGUAAAGCAUGCAUUUGUCUUUGCAAAUCCGGUUGCAUCGUCUCACUGCAUUUUCAGGUUGUAAAUCAGAAAACAUGUUCCCAUAUCUGUGGUAAUCGCCUGAUAAUACUGUUACACAAUAUCAUCAGAUAAUUACAACUAACUGCAACAAUUCUGCAUCUGUAUUUUAUUAACUCUCAAAAUCAGUCUGAAGAAAACAAAAGUAAGUUUUCUUUUUUCAUCCUCCCAAACCCUGAAAGAAUUUACACAUUUUCAGGAGCAUACUCUUGACAUACGUGUACUAUUGAUCUAUCCAUACAUUAAUGUUUUAGCAGUUUACUAUGGUUCUUUGCUGUCUCUGAAUAAUAAUAAAUUAAUUAAAUUUG